CCACAAGACCGCUUCAUUCAACACGUUUGUCCACUGAGCGAGCUCGACGUCACGAGGGCAUAUCGUCGCCCAACAAUUUAUAAUUUGCGCCAACCUCCAACCACACACCACUAGUACUAUCUACACACUCACAUAAACGCUCGACCGGGAAAAGAGAGACAGGCAAACGAUGACGGAAAUGUUGACAUCAGACGAAGAAGCUGCCGCGGCACGUGCUGCUGAGCAGGCGCGCCAACGCAAGGCCCGUCGCGAGGCGAAGAUUAAGGCCGGCGCCGGGGAUAGGUUGAAUAGAAUCACCGGUUUGGGAGGGGGCGUUCCGCGAGACCCCGCGCCCGCACCGGCAGCCACAGCGACGACCACGACACCGAGCGCUCCAGUUAGUACCGCCGCAGCCCAGCAUGCCGAUCCCGAAGAAGUCGACAUCUCGGAGCACUUCUACCAGCCCCAGACCACCGCGCGAGUGCCAUCCCCCAACACCAACAUCUCCGACGCCCAGCUUCGCCAGAUGAUGCUCGGUGUCGACCAGCCCGGCACCGCCACCCCUCCCAUGCCGGGCAUGCCGGGUAUGCCCACCGCGCCGCCAGGCAUGGAAGAGGACCCGAUGAUGCGCAUGAUGAUGCAGAUGCUCGGCGGCGGUGGCGGCGCCGGCGGCAUGCCCGGGAUGCCCUUCCCGCCGUCCACAGGCCCCGGCGGCGCGGCCCAACCCUUCCCACCUCAACAACAACAACAACAAGCCGCCACCACCCGCAGCGCCACCCUCUGGCGCCUCCUCCACGCGCUCAUCGCACUCGCCCUCGGCCUCUACAUCGCCCUGUACACGCCCUUCACGGGCAGCAAGCUCUCGCGGGACAGCGCGGCCGCGGCAGCCGCCGGCUCGGCCGAGGCGCGCGCCGACCCGACCGUCGCCGCCGCCGCGUCGUCGCAGAACUUCUUCUGGGCCUUCGCCACCGCCGAGGCGCUGCUGCUGGGCACGCGGCACUUUUUCGCCGACCGCGGCCGCAGCCGCCUGCAGACGGCGGCCGCGGGCGGGAGCGGCAUGCUGGGCAUGGUGGUCGGGUUCUUGCCGGCCGGGCUGAGGGCCAAGGUGGAGAUGGCGAUGCGCUACGGGGAGGUGCUCGGGACGAUCCGGGCGGAUGUGCUGGUUUUCUUGAGAGGGCACCUUUUGCUCGAGGAAUUCCGAUGUAACCGAUCAGAAUUGAGAAAACACGAUACUAGAUAG